AUGUUGUUACUGGGAAGACCUUGUGCAGCGGUACUGUCGAAGCGAAGUGUUUCGUAUUUGCCGAAGAAAGUGAACUAUUAUGAGAUCCUUGGAGUGAAGUCGAACGCGUCCUUAGAGGAGAUAAAGACUGCUUUCGCGAAGAAGUCAGCUGAGAUGAAAGAAGCUUAUGAUUGUUUGCGAAAUCCGAAGAGGAGAGCAGCUUAUGAUGAUCAAGUGGUUUCCAGUGCUGGAUACCUUAGAGAGGCAACUCAUCUGAAGUUCAAGAAGAAUACAGUUAUCGACCUUAAUAGAGCUAGGGACGUGGCGUAUAGUGGGCCACGACGUGGAAGCCCACAGAGCGGCUGUCACUUUAGGAAGGACUAUUAUCAGAUAUUGGGUUUGAAAAGAGAUGCGACUCAACGUCAAAUAAAAGCUGCUUACUACGAACUGUCAAAGAAGUAUCAUCCAGAUGUCGCUGGACGAGAUGCUGGUGCACAGGCAAAGUUUAUUGAAAUAACUGAGGCCUACGAAUGCUUGAAAGAUCCUGAAAAGCGGAGGAUUUAUGACAAUGAAGGAGGUUACGGACAUAGGCAGAAUGAGGAUCGCUUCAAGUUCAAAGUAUGGAAGGAGUUUAACAGGAUGCGAAAUGAGAGAGAAUCAUACGAUGCGCGUAUGAGACGUGAAGGGGAGAAGUUAUGGGAAGAAUUUAUAAAGGAACGAGCUACAAGGGAGCAUGAAUUCCGUACUAGGUAUGGAGCACCAGGAUCCUUCCGCUAUACGUGGAGAUGGGCUGCAAAAAAUCCGACAGCUCAUUGGAAUCUUGUGUUACUUGGUCGUAUCUUCAUAGCUUACAUGGUUUGCGUCGUAGUGGUCACUUUCUUCCAAGUUGUUCUAUCGCCUUUAUUUCAUGCUAAUACCUCGUCAAAAUCUAGUAGGGGGCAUGAUGUGACGGAGGAGCAACCGAAAGAGGAGAACGAAGCUACACAGUUCCACUAUAUGAAUCAGCCGCCACCGAACUACGGUACUCCAUGGUCAGAUGUAAUCAGCAAAUCUUAUCCACGUCCUGAAAUUGUAGAUUCUCGUUCAGUACAUGAUAAUUUAACGUCAACGCCUACUUAG